CGACACCUCCGCAACACCAUUGACAGCCGCGCGCCCGUCUCACCACCCCUCCCGUCUCAUCCUCUCGCCUGCAGCUGCCUUGCUCCAGGCCACGACCCGCAACUAUAUACCACACGCACCGCUCAGAGCCAGAGAUGUCUUCAAUGCUCAAGACCAGGAGGAAGAAGAAUGUCAAGAAGGGUAUCCAGUUCUGCCUGAUGGUGUGCGGCGCCUCGGGUACCGGCCGCACAACAUUCGUCAACACUCUCUGCGGCAAGCCGGUUCUCGAGCACAAGGAGUCGGACGACCCCAGCACCGCCCACGUCGAGGAGGGCGUCAAGAUCCAGCCCGUCACAGUCGAACUCGACGAGGAGGGCACGCGUAUCUCGCUGACCGUCGUCGACACCCCCGGUUUCGGCGACCAGAUCGACAACGAGGCCAGCUUCGGAGAGAUCGUCGGCUACCUCGAGCGUCAAUACGAUGACAUUCUCGCAGAGGAAUCGCGUAUUAAGCGUAACCCCCGAUUCCGCGACAACCGUGUGCACGUUCUGCUGUACUUCAUCACACCUACCGGCCAUGGUCUCCGUGAACUCGACAUUGAGCUCAUGAAGCGCCUCUCGCCCCGUGUCAACGUCAUCCCAGUCAUUGGCAAGGCCGAUUCGCUCACACCCGCCGAACUCGCCGAGUCGAAGAAGCUUGUCAUGGAGGACAUUGAGCACUACCGCAUCCCCGUCUACAACUUCCCUUACGACAUCGAGGAGGACGACGAAGACACAGUCGAGGAAAACGCCGAGCUCCGUGGACUCAUGCCCUUUGCUAUAGUAGGAUCCGAGGAUGUUGUUGAGGUCAACGGCCGACGUGUGCGAGCCCGCCAGUACCCAUGGGGUAUCGUUGAAGUCGACAACCCCCGCCACUCAGACUUCUUGGCUGUUCGCAGCGCACUGCUCCACAGCCAUUUGGCUGAUCUUAAGGAAAUCACACACGACUUCCUGUACGAGAACUACCGUACCGAGAAGCUCAGCAAGAGUGUCGAGGGUGGUGCUGAAGCCGGCUCGUCGAUGAACCCAGAAGACCUUGCCAGCCAGUCCGUGCGCCUCAAGGAGGAGCAGCUGCGACGCGAGGAGGAGAAGCUCCGCGAGAUCGAGGUCAAGGUACAGCGCGAGAUUAACGAGAAGCGACAAGAACUCUUGGCUCGCGAAAGCCAGCUCAAGGAGAUCGAAGCGCGCAUGCACAGGGAGCAGAGCGGGCACCUGCAAGACAACGAGCCAGAGGAGGCAUAAGCCGAAUCACCCAACAUAUACUUGUAAUAUUCGGGCUGACAUUCGGGCUGACAUUCGGGCUCAGGCUUUGCCUUGAGAGGCCAGGCUGUGUGAGUAGCGUGUUUCCAUUCGAUACAACACUGGGCGGACCUAAACCUAUUUAUUGCAGUACUAGGCGUUUGUAUUGAAGGGCGUGCGCACUGCAGAUGCUCAAGGUCGAGGCCAGGGACGUUGGGAUUCUGUUCUUCUCACCCCAGGCGGUGUUGCAUACCGUCUCGAUAUGACGCUACUUCUCUUAUGUUUCUUCAAAACUUCGAUACUUAUUCCCCCGCCUUUUGGUUUUCAUGUAGGAGAUAGUAAUCCACCUUUAU